AUGUCAAAUAAGGAUGCGUUUGCCGAUCUUUUCUCUCCCAAGAAAAGAGAUCUCUCGAAGAUGUCUUUGCUAGAACAACAGAAAAUGUUACUGAACAACAAGUCCUCCACCUCCACCAAUAACAAUUCCUGGAAUCGUUUGGAUUUGUUGCAAUCAUCAACAACCAGCAAUUCCAUCCCGGGAUCUGCCACUAAUUCACGAAGCUCCACUCCCAGUGUUUCCAUGAAUAUCCUCAGUCCGCUGAAUCGAUCAUCGCAAAGUAUUAAUAAUAAUAAUAAUAAUAAUAAUAAUGCUUCGACCACUGAUUUGGACGAUAUAUUUGGACUAGGGAUUGCCAAUUCUCUGACCACUGUACAAAAUCUCAAUAAAAACAAUAAUGGCAAUUCUUAUGGAUUGGUUCCUCAAAAAAAUAUGGGGUUUGCAUCUCAACCAUCAUCCAGCAGUGUCAGCACUCUGAAUAGCAACUCACAAGAUAUAGACUCAUUAUUUUCAGUAUUUGAUGAUCUCCCAGUGCAACAACAACAACAACAACAACAACAACAACAAUGGCACAAUAUUGAAACUCCAGGCAAAACCACCCCACAACAGACAUUUGAUGACAAAUCUCAUCAAUAUUCUUCAUUGAACCACCAAAAACCAGAUUACGACACUAUACCGUCGAGACCAUCGUCUCGCACAUCCAGGUUCCGGGAUACGUCUGCCGAUGCUGAUGAUGGCAGAAGACCCGCACGGAAUGGGGUUUCAAAUGAUGAUCAUGGUAAUGGAUCUAAAAAUGUUCACCAACUCUUUGAUACCAUGGCGGAGAAAUCAGGGGCGAUGCCCGAAGAUUUGAACCUGAUGGUCAACGAAAUCUCUAAUGAGUUGUUUUCUACGGCGACUUCGAUAUUCAAUAAAGGGAAAAAUGCGUUGAACAAAAACAUUGAGAAAUACCAAGCUCAAAGAAAGGCAGAAUUGGGGGGCAAGCCUGCGUGGAUGUACCAACAAGCCCAAUAUAAAAAAAACGGGUGGAAAGAACAAGAUGAAGAAGAUGCCAUUGAUUUUGAUGGCACCGUGAUUAGAGGGUCUAAGAGUAAGAAUGGUGAAGAAGUUAGACAUCAAAAGUUUAGUGAUCCACAACCAUCUGCAAUACAACCAAGAAGAGUGCCACAAACCAAACCGGAAAGACCACAAGUUAUACAACCACCACAAAUAGCAAAAACGCAACCACAACCAAAGGCCAAACCACAACCACAACCACAUCUUCGCCCAGAGGAAGUUCUUGACAUUUUCAGCGAUUUGUCAAUUCAUCAUGGUCCAACAACUAAUCAAGCCCCUGCAAUGUCCAAGACUAAAAGAAAUGAACCAUCAAUUAGCAGCGCCAACUUGACCCGCUUCAGACAAUUCCGUACAUUGGGGUCCAAUUUCUUCAAAGAAGGGAACUACACUUCGGCUUUAACCAAUUACGAAGACGCUUUGAAACUAUUACCCCCAGGCCAUACCCUUCAGAUCAUUGCUUACUCGAACUUGACCAUCAGUUAUUGGAAAGUUGGUGACAUUAAGAGCGCCCUUGAUAGUGUAAACCAAGGGUUAUCAAUGAUUGGGAAUCGGUCGCUUGACGAAGUGGUGGAAGAUGAAAAGUCGAUCAAAGAGUUUUAUCUCAAGAUGAAUACCAAAAAGGGAGAAAUCUUGGAAAGUAUGGAAAAGUACAAAGACGCUCUCGAGUGCUAUAAAUUGGUGUUAGAAAAUGGUGGGGCUAGCAAAUCGGUGAUCGAUGCUAAACGCAGAUGUAUGGAAGCCAUUGCUCCAAAACCAAAACCAAAACCAAAACCAAAAACCCCAACUCGGACAAAUAAUUCUAAUAAUAAUAAUACUAAUAAUACUGGGACAGCAGCAGCAGCAGCAGCAGUUCGCAAAAUAAAAGAAGAAAAUGUCAAAGCAGAAAACUUGGAACAACAAAAAUAUUUACUCUACGAUAAGGUCGAUGCUAAAGUGGGACAAUGGAAACACGGUAAGGAAGACAAUAUUCGGGCAUUGUUGGUAUCGUUGGACACGAUUCUUUGGCCAGAAACUAAUUGGAAAAAAGUGGGGCUUCCUGAUUUAGUUAUGGACAAGAAAGUGAAAAUCAACUAUAUGAAAGCGGUGGCCAAGACUCAUCCUGAUAAAAUUGACAAAAAUGCCACGGUGGAACAACAAUUGAUUGCCCAAAGCGUAUUUGUCACAUUGAACAAAGCAUGGGAUGAGUUUAAAAAAAAGAAUGGUCUUAACUAG